AUGACAUCAAAAUUUCUUCUUCUUUUAACUUUGAAUGUUUAUUACAAUUUCAUGGAAAUUCAAGCAUCAUUCACGGGAUGUGAUCUUAUCAAGGUUAUAAGCUUGACAGGUCAAUCGAUUGUUGUUAAUUAUCCUGGAACAGCCAAGGCUGGAUCUAACUGUCGUUACAUAGUCAAAUCACCUGUGAACACAGCGGUCGAAGCGUCUUGUACUUUCAACACUGCGGGGUCUCAACCAUAUUGCACUCUACAACGAUUCCUGAUUUCCAGAAGCGGAGACUUAGAGACAAGAGAUGCGAGUUAUGUAUGUGGAAAAGGAUCAACAAUUCAAAAAUCAAUUGGAAAUGAAAUUGUCGUUGCUUUUACAUCAAAUGUUCUUGGUUCAGGAAGUUUUCAAUGUAAAUUCAAAUCAAUUACACCUUCCGAUUCAAAUUGUGAUUGCGGUUGGAAUGUUCAGUCAAGAAUUGUUGGUGGCAGUUAUGCGAGUGCCAACGAAUUUGUCAGUCAUGCUGGUCUGGUUUAUAGUAAGACUGGAGAAGUAUUCUGUGGAGCUAUCAUUGUUACUCAAAAUUGGGCAUUGACUGCUGCACAUUGUUUCGCUGCUUAUCCGACUGCAUCUACAAUUGGAUUACUUGUCGGUGAUCAUGAUUUAAAGAGCGGAUCGGAUACAAUUUGGGCAGCUUUAUAUCAACUCCAAAGCUAUAAAAAACAUGAAAAGUACAACAUAGAAACGAAUGCGAACGACAUCGCUUUGGCGAGGACAAAAACUUAUAUAAAAUUUAAUCGAGGCGUUGGACCUGCUUGUAUGCCCUACACUUUCAUGCAUAACGACAUUUACUUUGAUGGAAAAUCUCUGUCAGCUGUUGGUUGGGGUGUCACUGAAUAUGCUGGUCCAUCUUCAAAUAUUCUCAAGAAGGCACAAAUUCAAGUCGUCAACUUACAAACAUGUUUGCAACAAAACAAAUUCAUUGACAAUACAAAAAUUUGCACCAAAGAAAGUCAAAGUGGAUCUUCAUGCAGUCGUGACAGUGGCGGAGGUUUGUAUUGGUCGUAUGGAAAAAAAUACGCUGUUGGAAUCAUCAGUUAUGGAACUUACUGCGCAUCAUCAGUUCCUUCAGUAAACACCAGAAUUACAAGCUACAUCAAUUGGAUUGAGACAGAUCCUUAUGCAAAUUGUGAUUGGACAGUCGAGUUCAUCGCAACAGGUCAAACAUAUUAUGAAAGCAACUCUCAAAACGAUGGAUCUUGUCGCUUCAAACUAAUUUCACCAGUCAACACCUUCAUUGAAGGAAGUUGCACCGUUUAUCUUGAUCCAUACUAUUCAUGCAGCACACGAAGAUUUUUAUCUUCUAGAAGUGGCUACAAUGACAUGCGAGAUGGAUAUCAAUUCUGUUAUUCAGGCAAAUACAAUUUGAAAAGUAUUGGCAAUGAAUUGGUCAUUUCUAUCGAGAAGGGAUUCGCGAGUGCUGGAAGUUUCAAUUGUGAAUUUACAGCUGUUGCCCCGACCAAUGAUAACUGUGAUUGUGGAUGGAAUGUUCAUUCAAAAAUUGUUAAUGGAGAAGCAACCCAAGUUAAUGAGUUUGUAUCUCAUGUUGGAUUAGUUGAUGCUGCUACCUCAGAUAUUUUCUGUGGUGGAAUAAUUAUCAAUCAGCAAUGGAUUGCAACUGCCUCUCAUUGCUUCGAUGCCUUUCCCGAUUAUACUAAAACAGUCGCACUUGUCGGUGACCAUGACAUUACAAUGGGAUCGGAUACUACAAAUACUGCAUUAUAUAAAUUGAAAGGAUUUGUUAAACAUCCUGAAUAUGAUCAAGACAAAAAAUCUAAUGAUAUCGCUUUAGCUGAAAUUGAUGGCUACAUCAAAUAUAACCCUGGUGUUGGACCUGCUUGUUUGCCUUACCUUUACAAAAAUUUCAUUUUUGAUGGUGUAGUCCUUACAGCUGUGGGAUGGGGAACAACUUCAUUUGGAGGACCGUCUUCUGAUAUCUUACAAAAAGUGGAUUUGCCUGUUAUGAAUAAUGAAAAAUGUGCUACUGCAUUAAAGGAUGUUGAUGUCAUUAUUGACGAUACAAAAAUAUGCACCGAUGGACAAGGAGAACGAGAUACAUGCGGAAAAGACAGUGGGGGUGGAAUGUAUUUUUUCAGCAAUCGUUAUUACGCCAUUUCUUUGGUUAGUUUUGGAGUUUAUUGUGCAUCAUCUUAUCCAUCAGUCAACACAAGAUUGGACAAAUAUCUCGGGUUCAUUGAAACUUAUUCAAAAGGAUUCAUUUGUCAGAAAUAUUAAUGAUGAAUUGUUUGUUGGGCAUAAAGCAUGUGAAAUAUUUUAAAAUCAAAUGUAGAUUCAGUGUAGAAUGAUUUUGAGAAUUUAUAUAAAGAUACGCAACAUUAACAUAUUUUGACACAGUUUUUUAAUAUUGUAAAUUUACAUUGAAAAGCACGAAUCAUUAAUAAAACGGAAAAUCUAACAUUGAAGAAUGUUUACGGCAUUCUCAAUUAAAUUUAACAACAUCAAAACUAAUUAAAUACAAUAACAAAAUUUUCUCUGUUCAGCAUCUUCAAUACAUUUGCUUUGACUUCCAUACUUGUUAAGCCUUUCUACAGGUCCAACUAUUUCGUGUUUACUACAGGUGAGACCAUCCAUACAGCGAACGGUUGCUUGCAUUAUUCCUUUUGAAGGAUCCACAUCAAAUGAUAUAAGAAAAUCAGUUACUUUUCCAGAAGACUUCACCAAAUCCACUUUGUGUGUUGAACGAAUAAAGUCCAAUGUUAAAUUGGCACAUUUGGGGUAAUCAGAAAGAUCUUUGUUCAACUUUUCUAAAACUAUGUUAGCAAAUUUCUCAGUUAUGGUCGAAUUCAAAUUAACUUCUUCGAAGUUUUUACAAGCACACCAUUCUUCACGAAUCCCAGCGUCUUCACAAACUCGAUCAAUUGGAAUCUCUUCGAAUAUACUUUGACAAUUAGGGCAGGUGACAUUCCAUUCCUUGUAAUUCUUUUCGGUCCCUCCAACAAUUUGUAAAAUAUGUUUAACAGUCAAGUGAACGUCAUAAGGAGAAAAAAGACGAUUUUCAUUCUUUUUCAGAUUUUCAACUAUUUCUGGAUGAGAAUCUUGAAACUUUUUUGGUAUCCAAAGGAAGAAAAAUGGUAAACGUUCCUCCACCCAUCCGAUAAAAUGACGCCGAAAACGACCAAAACGUGCGCCAUGAUCACUGAAGAAAAUAACGAUCGUGUUGUCCAAAAUUUUAAGACUGUCAAGCAUUUUUAGAUAAUCCAACAUUUUUCCAUCCAUUGAUGACGGUAAAUUAAAGUCAUUAUGUGAAAAUGAAAUUGACCAAAUCAAUCCGAAUGAAGGUUUAUCUCUAAACAUUCUCAUAAAAUCGAACGCAUAUUGAUAGAGAUAAUCGAGAUAGUACUGAUAGCCUACGAAAGCUUUGAAACCCGAUUUUCUAUUUAUGUCAUCACAUUCGCCCGCCUUCAACUUUUUGUCUAAUAGUGCUGCAAAAGUUUGAAAAUAGUAGUCGACAGAAUUUUCCUUAAAACCACUUUUAAAAUAUCUGAAUGUACUCGCACCAAAGGAAUCCUCGCCAUAAAUGGUGGCAUAGCCAGCAUCUUUGAAAUCCUC